AUGCGUAACGUGCAAACCUUCAUUGUGAAUAAUUUUGGUGAUGCACUGGCCACAAUGGAAAUACCGGAAAUACCGACAGCUCCAAAAAUAGCGAGAAAGGAACCACCGAAAACAGUCCAAAAGAUUCCCGCCAAUAAGCCGCUACCUAACAAAGCAGCAACUGACAUGUUUCAAAUCAAAAAACCGGAGGAAAUUCCAACAACCACUGCCAAAACAACUCCAUCAAACCCCCACUGUAUCUUGGUGCAUCCAAAACAAAGAGGAAAUCCCAUAUUGAAAUCUAUACUAAAUUGUCCCUUAGAAUUUCGUGAUGAUAUUUUGCCAGACUAUGUGGUCGGGAGGACAACAUGUGUGCUGUAUUUAUCCUUAAAAUAUCAUCAAUUAAACCCAGAUUACAUAUGUCAGCGUCUAAAGGAAUUGGGAAAACUCUAUGAAUUACGUGUGCUGUUGGUACAAGUUGAUACCCCAGAACCGCAUGGAGCCUUGAAGACGCUGACACGCAUUAGCCUUUUGGCUGACUUGACACUAAUGCUAGCAUGGAAUGCCGAAGAGGCGGGGAAAAUUAUCGAAACCUAUAAGCUAUUUGAGAAGAGGCCACCGGAUUGGAUUAUGGAACGGGUCGAUUCUAAUCCUCAUCAAAAGCUUGUCUCUGCCCUUACCAACAUAAAACCGGUCAAUAAAACCGAUGCCACCACAUUGCUACAAAAUUUCGGAAGUUUGGAGAAAAUCAUAAAUGCCAGUGAGCAUAGUUUGUCACAAGUUACCGGUCUGGGACCACGUAAAGCCAAAAAAUUGUACAAAACCCUACAGGAACCAUUUCUGGCAAAAUGAGAAAACUGUGUUAAAUAUAUUGUAUUCUAAUUUAUUGUAUGAAAAUAAAGCCCCUUUUGUUUACAUA